AUGAUGAUGCUGGCUACCAUGGCCGCCGUGUCUCCUGCGAUACCGUUCUGCUCCAACGCCCAAGUGUCUGACGCGAUCCACCAAAUAACAAGAAUGUUUACUAGCGAGUACGUGGACCUGUGCGCGGCCGACGUGGGCUACUACUGGUCACCUGACGCUGUGACCUCGUCGUGGCUUACAAGUACCCAGUUGGGUUUGGCCAAAGACUCGGCCAACUGCCAGUGGCUAUUUCGAGAGUUCCAAGCUGCAGUUGCUAACGAGUCGUGCAUCGAGCUCACGCUGGCCACCAGCGCAACAUUCGAUCUAUUCCUGUCGUAUAUCAAUGCUAAGACCUCGUACCCACCAGCGACGUUAUGCAAUGUGAGCCAUGUUCAAGCAGUCGUAACUCAAGUGGCCCUUCAACCCACCUACUUUACAUGCCUAGCAGCCGCAGGACUCAAUGCGUCCACUGCCUUUCGCCGCCUUCCUUCGCCACGCCAGCUACAUGCGCUGCGCGUCAACGGCCAGUGCACAGGGGCUCUGUGGAGCGACUUGCAACGAGUCCUUUCCAAGCUUCCUACGUGUGCAUUGUUCCAAGAAGGCACCCCCGUGCAAGCCAUAGCCCACUUGUCAAUUGAUCUCGCGCUAAGUUGGCUGGAAUUCCUCGCGACAAGUUAUCAUGACGGAUGGACCCAUCAAAACACGUCGACGAAUGCGAUAGAGUUCCCCAGGAAUCCCACGCAGCAUGGAGCGGGUGUUAUACUGGGAGCCAUGCUGGUUGGCACUGGCGUCGUCUUUGCUGUCUAUGUCGUGUACAGCAACCACCGAGAACCUGCCAUCGUCGUGCCUGUGGAGGAAGAGCUCCGAUUACUGGCGGUGCAAGUAUUCCAUUGA